AUUGACACAUGACAUACAAAUGACAGACUUUAAUCAACAUCAAAAUAUUUACAAAUUUUACAAAUUAAACUAAACUAACUUUCAGAAUUACAAAAGAAUUUAUAAGAGAAACCAAGUUACAGCGAAAACUUUAUUCAUUAUCUGUUUUAAUGGGGGCCACAGAAGAUGAUCCCUACGCAAUCCCAAGUAAGAGUAAAUUAAAGCUAAAAUGUGAUGUCUCCAUCAAGAAAAAAAAGAAAAAGAAGGAUAAGAUGCUUGAGAAAGUAAAUAAAACCUUGGAAAGCGAGAGUAAAGAGAGAUCAGAAGAAUCAAAACCGAAACAAACAAAAACUAAAGCCGAAUUGGCUUUCUUACAACAGCAGGAAAAGAUGCAAACUAAACGAAUACUCGAGAAGGCUUCCCAAACCCAUAAAGAAAGAGUAGAAAAAUUUAAUCAACAUCUAGAUGGUCUUACAGAACACUUUGAUAUUCCCAAAGUUUCCUGGACAAAAUAGUACCUGUAUAUUCGAGUUAUGUUUCUAUUUAAAUUUAUGAAACUUUUAUUUUGUGAUUUUUUUUCUCUUUUUGUAAUUUAUUAUUAUAGUUAGUGUGGAGAUGUAGAUGAGUAUCCAUAUUAAUAAUAAAAAAUAUGUUAUAUGA